AUGUUCCUAUUCCUGAGGGGUGUUCCUGUUCCAGGCCAGCGCUGUCCCCCCGCCCGGAGCGGGCACCGCUGCGUGGCCGACAGCUCCAACCUGUACGUGUUCGGGGGGUACAACCCCGACUACGACGAGUCGGGGGGCGCCGACAACGAGGACUACCCGCUCUUCAGGGAGCUCUGGAGGUACCACUUCGCCACCGCCCGCUGGCACCUGCUGGCCACCGAGGGGUACAUGCCCCGGGAGCUGGCAUCCAUGUCACUUGUCCUGCACGGGAACAACCUGCUGGUGUUCGGGGGCACCGGGAUCCCCUUCGGGGAGAGCAACGGCAACGACGUCCACGUCUGCAACGUCAAGUACAAGAGGUGGGCCCUGCUCAGCUGCAGGGGCAAGAAACCCAACAGGAUCUAUGGACAGGCCAUGGCCAUCAUCAACGGGUGCCUCUACGUGUUCGGCGGCACCACCGGCUACAUCUACAGCACCGACCUGCACCGGCUGGACCUCACCACGCGCGAGUGGGUGCAGCUCAAACCCAACAGCCUGUCCUGCGACAUGCCCGAGGAGAGGUGA